CUUCCACUCUCUUCCUAUCUGAACCUGCCCCAAAUCGGCGUAUAGGUUUUCAUUCCAAUCUUCGACUCUCACUCAUCUCUUCUUCUCUAUCUAAGCUACCAAAAACAAAGAGCAAGGGUUUUUCUCUUCCACCAUGUUUUCUUUUUCACUUCAAUUUUAAAUGUAAAUUCAGAUUUAGAUUCAUUUCACUUCACUUUUUCCUCACUCAAUUUUAGGGCUCUUUCUCUCUCUCUUCCCCAAAACCCUUUCAUACCAAGAUUUGUGUAUUCUGAUUACUCGAUCUCGUUAUGGAAUCUCGUGAAUCAACAACACCUUCUGUUCCGUCAACCAACAACCGUGAUGCUCCUUCUGCCGCCGCGGAAGUUGACGACGGCCUUUUCUCUCUCGCCAAAGACGCUGCUGUGCAUUAUCAAUCUGGCAAGUUCGUUGAAUGCGUCGAGGUUAUGAAUCAGCUCUUGCAAAAGAAACCUAACGAUCCAAAGGUCCUUCAUAAUAUAGCAAUUGCAGAAUUCUUCCGAGAUGGUUGUUCAGAUCCCAAAAAGUUGCUUGAAGUAAUCUACGGCAUCAAGUUCAUUCAGAGAAAAUACGACGAGCUUACCCUGACUUCUGGGGAUCAAGGAGAGCCAGUUAACAACGUCGCAAAUAAAGUUGCUUUUGGAUCCAAAGGAAGCAAUAAUACUGACACAAUACAUCCAGAUGAAUUUGAAUCUACUGCCGCAGCUCUAAAUAUUGCCAUCAUCUGGUUUCAUCUUCAUGACUAUGCAAAGACGGUAUCAGUUUUGGAGCCCCUAUUUCAAAGGAUUGACCCCAUAACUGACUCAACAGCUCUACAUAUUUGUCUUCUGCUGCUUGAUGCUAGCCUUGCUUGCCAUGAUGCAUCAAAAUCAGCUGAUGUGUUGACUUAUCUGGAGAAGCUAUUUAGUGGUGGUACUGCGAGUCAAGGCGACUAUGGAAAUACAGCUCAGCAACAAUCUGCAAAUCUAAUCUCUAAGUCUGCACCUGUCACCAUUAGUGAAUCUGCUGCUGAUCCAUCCAGUUCUGAUUUAGGCUCAAGUGCUAAUACAUCUGAAAAUCAUCUAUCCAGAACUUUGUCUGAAGAUGGGCUUGAUUAUGAAGCCAUGAUUUUGGAUAUGGGUGGACAAAAUUUAACUAGGCCAACGGGCCCGUCUUCAAAUGUUCUUUCUAGAGCUUUGGUUGACAGGUUUUCUUCUCUUGAUUUAAAGCUCAAGUUGCAACUUUACAAAGUACAGUUUCUAAUUCUUACUAGGAACCUGAAGAUAGCAAAAAGAGAAGUCAAGCUGGCUAUGAACAUUGCACGUGGACGAGAUUCAUCCAGGGCUUUGCUUUUGAAAUCUCAGCUUGAAUAUGCUCGUGGUAACCACCGCAAGGCCAUAAAGCUAUUGAUGGCAUCAAGUAGUAAUAGGACGGACACAGAAUUUUCAAGCAUAUUUAACAACAAUCUUGGGUGCAUUUAUUAUCAGCUUGGGAAAUAUCAGACGUCCUCAAUUUUCUUCUCAAAAGCAUUAACUAAUUGUUCGUCCUUGAGAAAGGAGCAACCAAUAAAGCUGAGCACUUUCUCGCAGGAUAUUUCUCUCCUUAUAAUUUAUAAUUGUGGUAUGCAGCACUUGGCUUGUGGAAAGCCAAUACUUGCAGCUCGAUGUUUUCAGAAGGCAAGCUUAGUCUUCUACAAACAGCCUCUCUUGUGGCUCCGACUCUCAGAAUGCUGUCUGAUGGCUUUAGAAAAGGGCCUGAUCAAAUCAUGUCGGGUUCCUUCAGAGAAGUUGGAGGUUGGAGCUUGCGUUGUUGGGUUGGAAAAAUGGAGGCAACUUGUUGUGAAAGAUCAAAUUCCAGGUAAUGGACACUUGGAAUCAUCCAGAGGGAAUGAACAUAGUCCAAGUGAAGAUGGUUGUCUGAAGUUAUCGAUGUCCCUUGCUCGACAGUGUCUCUUGAAUGCUCUUCACUUGCUAGACUCGUACAGUACAAAUCGUUUGAAAUCUGGCUUGCCCUCUAAUUCUUCUGUGGAGAAUGAUACAAGUGAAGUGUUACCUUCAAAGAAUUCAAGUCGUAAAAAUUCGCAUGUUAUUGAUUCAAAGGCAUUUUCAGGAUCAAUAGGUUUAGGUCAGGUAAAUUCUAAUGGGGACACAAAAGAACAGAAGGGAGGAGCUAGUCAGGAACUCUUUCAGAACUCCCUAUCGUAUUAUGAAGAUGUCUGUAGAAGAGAUAAUCAAUUGGUUAAGCAAGCUGUUCUUGCUAAUUUAGCUUAUGUGGAGCUAGAAUUGGACAAUCCUGUGAAGGCACUAGCAGCUGCAAAAUCUCUCUUUGAACUUCCAGAAUGUUCCAGAAUUUACCUUUUUUUAGGCCAUGUUUAUGCGGCAGAGGCUCUUUGCUUACUGAACAGACCAAAGGAAGCUGCUGAGUACUUAUCAUAUUAUUUGUCUGGAGGAAACAAUGUUGAAUUGCCAUUCAGCCAAGAGGACUGUGAGAAAUUGCAAGUAGAGAGGACUGUUGAAUUUGAAGAGGUAAAUGUUGGAUCCACUGCUGCCAAGGGUUCUCUUCAGGAUACGCAAAGUAUUGUUUUCCUCAAGCCAGAGGAGGCACGUGCAGCAAUUUAUGCAAACUUUGCUGUAAUGUCUGCAAUGCAAGGUGAAUUUGAGAAAGCCAGUAUGUUGGUUACCCAGGCAUUGUCCAUAUUGCCCAACAGUCCAGAAGCUACCCUCACUGCAGUUUAUGUGGAUCUCUUGCUUGGUAAGCAACAGGAAGCUCUAGCCAAGCUAAAAAGUUGUAGCCGUAUUAGGUUCCUGCCCAGUGGAGUAACAUUAAAUAAAUCUUCAUGAGUGUUGUAUGCAUGGUUUUAUCAUUGUUCCUGCCCCACCUCUCAGAGUUAGUUAGCAGGUAGUUUAAUCCUUCCAUAGCAUUUGUAACAUAUAUAUGUUCAAUUCAGGGAAUAAUUUUUUUUUUUGUGAUUCAUUGUCCUUAUAAUUCUCAAAUUUAGAGGUCAGUUACUGGUGGAGGCUGUGUUUUGAUUAGUGUUAGUGCCCACCUUUGAAAUUUGAGGUGUAGAUCUGAUUCGGAUUGUGUUUUUAUUUUCUAGAGGCUAAUUUAGUUCAUAUUCAAGAAUAGAGGUCAUGUGCUUAUAUUGAGAAAACUGAAAAGUGGAUAGUUGUUUUGAAAUUCCAUUUAUAAUCCGAGGAA